CGCUACGCGCAUGCGCCCGCGAUUUCGUCAACUGAGCUGACCAACUAACCGAAUAAAGGCUGCAGCCAUAAUAGGACAUGGACGCCGCCUCGCCUCACGGGAUGCUGUGAUGAUGCACGACUGUCACGGACUUGUGCACGUAGAAUCGGAGGGGCGGAGCAGCGACGCGGCUUCCCAGCAUUCCGGUUAUUCAUAGGUUGAUGAAAAAAAAAAAAUAAUAGAAACAACCGAGUGCGGUUACGUGCGGUUCACCACGCAGUUCCCGUAUGAGACGAAUUACAAGAGAAAAGGAGGGAGGCACUGCUGCACAAAACCCCGACUGCUGCACCUCAUCCUGGGCUUCCUUCUUUUGUCCAACCCGACAGUCACGACAGCUGUGAGCGCAGACGGGCGGGUCCUGCGAGGUUUUUCACCACCACCUGAAGAUCUCAGCUCCUCUCCUUCAAUUCGGAUAAGAAGUUGCCCGGUGAUUGUGCAUCUACGUUACAGAAGAUGGAGGGACAGGAAAAGCAGGUAACAGGUUAUCUCCUGUUCUCGCUGGCCACCGCUGUUAUCGGCUCUCUGCAGUUCGGUUACAACACAGGAGUCAUCAAUGCUCCAGAGCAGAAACUACGAUCUUUCUUCAACGAUACCUGGAUGGAGCGUUACGGCGUACCCAUAGAAGCGGGGGUCUGCACCACCGUCUGGAGCAUCACUGUCGCCAUCUUCAGUGUGGGCGGCAUGGUGGGCUCCUUCAGUGUUGGCGUCAUGGCGAAUAGAUUUGGCAGGCGUCGCUCCAUGUUCCUGGUGAACUCUCUGGCGGUGAUCGGUGGCCUCCUCAUGGGCUUCUCCACCAUGUGCUCCUCCUAUGAGAUGGUGAUCGCCGGUCGUCUGGUCAUCGGCCUGUUCUGCGGUCUGUUUACUGGCUUGACUCCUAUGUAUGUGGGCGAGGUGUCACCCACUCCCCUAAGAGGAGCCUUCGGCACCCUGCACCAGCUUGGUGUGGUCGUGGGCAUCCUCAUCGCUCAGGUGUUUGGUCUGGAGGCUCUGCUGGGUUCAUCCAAGCUGUGGCCCCUGCUGCUGGCCCUCACCGUGGCCCCUGCUGUGCUGCAGUGCAUCCUGCUGCCCUUCUGUCCCGAGAGCCCUCGCUUCCUGCUCAUCAACCUCAAACAAGAGGAGCAGGCACGCAAAGUGCUGGUGCGUCUGCGCGGCAGUGAGGACGUGAGUAAAGACCUGCAGGAGAUGAAGGAGGAGAGUGCUAAGAUGGCCAUGGAGAAGAAGGUGACCAUCCUUGAGCUUUUCCGCUCGGCGGCUUACCGACAGCCCCUCCUCAUCGCUGUCAUGCUGCAGCUCUCCCAGCAGCUGUCAGGGAUCAACGCUGUGUUUUACUACUCCACAGGAAUCUUUGCCUCAGCUGGUGUGAAAGAGCCCAUCUACGCCACCAUCGGAGCCGGCAUCGUCAACACCAUCUUCACCGUUGUUUCUCUCUUCCUGGUGGAGAAGGCGGGGCGUAGGACUCUGCACCUCCUCGGUCUUGGUGGAAUGGCGGUCAGCGCUGUGCUCAUGACCAUCUCCCUCCUACUGAAGGAAACUCCCGCUAUGAGCUACGUGGCCAUCAUGGCUGUCAUGCUUUUCGUGGCUAUGUUUGAGUUGGGACCCGGUCCAAUCCCAUGGUUCAUUGUGGCCGAGCUGUUCUCCCAGGGGCCCCGCCCGGCAGCUAUGGCUGUGGCCGGCUGCUGCAAUUGGACGGCGAACUUCCUUGUUGGAGUCAGCUUCCCCACACUAGUGGAAUGGUGCGGGUCUUGGGUCUUCCUCAUCUUCGCAGUCCUCCUCCUCCUCUUCUUCAUCUUCACUUUCAUCAAAGUCCCAGAGACCAAGGGCAAGACCUUCGACGAGAUCGCCCGCAGCUUCGGCAGCGCCCCGCCUCCCACCUCCUCGUCCAUCGAGGACCCUCCAGCCAGCGCCAGCGCCGCCGCGACAGUCCCCGCCUCACCGGUGAAGGAGAAAGUCCCGCUGGUGGAGGCGCCUGUGGCAGCUCCGCCUGCGGCAGCUGAAAGCACACCACUUGACGAUAAAUCAAAGUCACCAGUACAGGAGAGUGUGUAGAGCAGCUGGAGAUAUAGUUUUAAUAGGUGAGGGAGGUUAUAAAUGAAGGAAGAGUCACAGACAUUUCAAAAACGCUGUAAAUUGUUAUUAACUAUCACACCUUGGAGCAAUAGAAACUCUAUAAUUUUAUAAUAGACCUAGAGUAUGACAGCAUUAUCAAUUUAUAGGCUUUGACCUUUAAAAGCUUUCAUGGUCACUCCUAGGGCUUCUUACUCUUCUGUGACAUCUCCUUAAAAUUCCUUCUUUUAAAUCCUCCCUUCCUUAAAAGUGAAAAGGGAAGCAGUCACUGUACAAUACUACAGAUUAAAUAUACAUUCCUAGGAAUUCAGCUACACUCAUUAAAACGGUGUAUCUUUUUCAAGACGGCUAGUGUGUCUAGUUUGGGAUGACGCACUCUUCCGCCACGGCUCCACACGCUGUGUUAAAAUCACUUAACAGGUGUCAGAUAAAGAGGAAGGUAAAACGUCCACAAUCAUGACAGACUAGAAGCAGAGUGCGUUAACAAUGAUGCAGCCUCUGUGCAGGUGUUUCCAGACGAGUCCAUUAACAUAACAUCUGAGUUCAGGUCCACUCAGGGUGAGGAAGGUGACCUGGAUAGUGACGACGUGCAUUUUUAAAAGAUUUUUUUUUUUUAGGCGUUAUAAUGGAUAGUUUAGUGCAAUAUAACUAUAGUAUCAUUUAGUAAUAUAUAAUUGUGUUGUAUUUAUUUUGUUCAUUGCUGUCAUGUUUUCAGAAGUGUUCUCAAAUCACAGGUCAAAGAAGGGAUUUUAGUUUUUUUUUUUAGAUUUAUGUUCUGCCCUCAGCUGUUGAACAUGAGCUGAUAAACUGGAGAGCUUUUUAGUAAUGCCAAAGUACGGAAUUUAAACCAUCGCCUGGUGGAACACAUGUAACCUCAGAUGUGUUUCUUCUGGUUGUUAAAGUCAGGGCAGGAAACUAGCAGCCACAGGCCAUGGUGGUAAGUUUAUUAACUGUGGGAGCCACCUUAGUUGUUAAAGCUGUAAUCCUACAAGUUGGUUUUAACCAUUAAUUGUUGUAGUAUUCAGUUGAUGAAGUUGGUGCUCAGUUUUACUAUUUCAAACAAACAGGAAACUUACAACACUAAAUUUUCUGUGCACCAGAAUAUUUUUUUCUUAUAUUAUAUUUUUGCUAUGUUAAUAGGCAAGUAGUAAAUAUGAAUGACAUUUUUUUUAUGAAUUUAUGCUUUACUCAGCCAAUAUUUGGAGGGAUUUUGUGCAGGUUGGUGAAAUCAUGAUUGUGGCUUAUAAAUGUUAGGACUUGCUAACGACUGUGGCCUGUGGACAAAAACGUGUCGGCUAAAAUGUUUCACACAUAUAGAAUAGGGUAACGUGCAAUUAGCUGUACAUCUUUUUUUUUGUUGUUAAAGAGAAAUAUAUGAUAUUUAUUACCAUAGUAAUUAAUUUUUGUAUAGAGUAUAUAAUUACCAGUUAAUACACGAAAAACAAAAUUUAGAGUUGUAAUGCUUUCCAGACUAGCCCCGAGUUAGUGAGCUUUCCCCGCAGUGGUGUAAAGUAAAACCUACAUCACAUGAUGUGUAGCUCAGAGAUUUACUGUAGAUGAAGACACAGAGAGAGUUUAACACUCUAAAUCUUAUUUGUUACUCUCUACGUAGAUGCACUUUGUUAACCAGAUAAGCAGCAGAGCAACCAUUAGAGCCACAAUCACUUAUAGAGGCUAAAAGUCAUCGAGCACAACAGCGCUUUGAGUGAAAUUAAGACUUUUAAUGAAUAAUUCAAAACUGUAUUUACUUGAGCAGUUGCUUAUAUCUGGCCUAGAUGAUGUUAGACUAUAUGAUAAAAUGUGCAAUUAAUGUAGACUUAACUACAGCCUAAACAAUGUAGGAGCUGAUAAUGAGUAGAGGCAACUAAAGGGGGAAGUGCUAAUACUGUAUAAAUGACGGGUAAACAACAUUUUAGUGUAACACUUAACUCUCUUGAGUGGCUGCAUUUCCAUCAGUAACAACCACUUACAUUAUUCAUUUUAAUGUUCAUGUUAAUUUUUAAUGACUAGGACUACUCAAUUGUGUUGAUCUCUUAUGAUAAUCAGAGAAAAUAAUGAUCUAUGUAGCCUACUGUGAGUUUUAGAUGGUCAAUCUUCAAUCAACAACGGUAUGAUGCAUUUAAUGUGACAUAAACAACAUGCUGAAGUUUUUCAAACAAUAUUCGGAGGUAGCCCUUGACUACUUUGGCAAUAAUGAUAACAUUUCUAAGUUGUUUAAAGGGAAAAACUAAGAGGAAGAUGCUGAUAUAUUGAACCCUGGCAUUCUUGCUCCAAAGUUAGCAAAAUUAGCCAAAGUUGGCUAAGUUAGCCAGUUAGCCUAGCGAUAGACUAGCUUAUUCCUGUCAACAGUAGGUAAGCUAGCUAAGAGGUGUAAGUACCAUCCAACAUCAUAUGUGGUCAUGAAUGAAAAAGGGGGAAAAAAAGAUUUUUCUUAGUAAUUAUUUGACAAAAUGUCCUUAUUUGUCUCUUAACUUCACCUGUUGACCAGGUUAGCUAUCUUGUGCUUCACAAAACUGUAUUUUCAGUGUCUCAGUAUGAGGAACGCUCAGAGAAACAAGGGUUACAGGCGGCACAAAUAACCACAGUUUUUCUUGAAAAUAGAUGUACAGCAUUUCAGAGUAACUCUCAGACGUGUUAACUUGUCGCACGUGUUUCAGGAUGCUAACAUGACGUGUCUUUGUGACCCAACAUGACGAAUGUGUUCAACGCUUUAAAAAUCCUUUGUAUCACUCUUAAGGCCCAAACGCACUGAACGCAUUUUAGUGUUUAGUGAGUGACAUAUUCUUUACUAUUAUAAAUGCUAAAGCUAAUCUUUGAACUUUUCAAUCAUGCCAAUGUCGUGCACUAGUAAUGGUUCUUAAAUAACUAGAUCUAAAAUUGCACUGUAACGUUUAAUACAAAAAUUUUAAUGAACUAUAUACUCAAAAAUGGAAACACCUAUUGAGAUACUAACAAAACUAACCUUCUUUUCCCUUCAUUUACCACAAAAACAUUGCUUGUUUGGCGCAAAAUUCAAUGAUUUCAGUGCGUUUCUGGCUUUAAAUGUCGGGUCGAGUCGCUGUCUACGUCAUGACAGUUUGUCUAAAAAAGUAUCGCCAUGUGUAGCAUUGUUAACCUUCACCAAUUUAUGUAUGACCAACAUUGUACAGUAUGUGUGGUGUAUAAGUGUAUGACACAAAGUAUAUUUUCUAUAUUCUGUCGUGAUUGCGUGAAUUACUGUAGUUUGUUGAAAAUACUACUUUCACUUUUACUUGCUGCACUUUGAGAACAUAUUUAUUUAUUUAUUUAUGCAUUCUGUGUUUAUUUGUCGACUACACUGGAAAAAUAUUGAUCUUGACAAGUAAUUUAAGUAACUUACACUGGUGACUCGUUUUAAGAUACUGACUGAUUUUAAGGCAUAUAAGCUUGUUAAGAUGAAUAUUUCUCACAGUGAAGGGGGUCGAUUAUGUUCGGAGUCAUGGCUUCGUUGUGUAUUGCUGUAUUUGUGGAUGAUAGUGACGUGCUGUGUUUGCACUGGAGGAGGUGCGUGGUACACUCCUCUCACGGUAGUGUUCAGUGUUGUAUUCAGCCUCUCCUGCAAGGCCCCUCCACCUACACCGCUCCUUCAGUAUGGCACUAACACUGAACUUUGCCAAAAAACCCUGUGUCUAAUAUGGAUUUAAAAUGCUUUCUAAUGCUUUCUGUGAUAUCACACAUUUCACAUACCUCCGAGAUUUGUUCUAGUCGCCCUCCUUUUUUUCUGAGUCUUAAGGUGAAAUGGUGUGUGAGAGGUGACAAAUUGAGAAUUGUGUUUGAAAUGGAAUUUGAAAUGUUUUAAUCUUCCAUUCAGAAAGCUUAAACGUUGUCCUUGACGUGCCAGAUGCAAGACUUAGAUUUGAAUUUGUGUUAAAGGGGCAGCUCUAUGACCGAUGCUGGGAUGCAGUCACACCUACAAUUAGUUUCCUCUGGUUUCAACCGUAGUGGAAAAGCUAAUUUGCCUUGUUACUUAAGGUUAAACCUUUAACAAGUGACUGGUAGCCUUUUUAACUAAUAGAGAUUUGGUUAUCUCUCAAAAACAAAUCCACAUAAACUGAAGUAACUGAGUAAAUACUUCAACCUAAAUUGUUUGGUGCACCCUAACUACUGUGCUACUAUGCACAUGUACAACCUUCCACUCACUGUAAAAAAAAAAAUAGGAGAGUAGUAUUAAUUUGUAUAUAUGUAUUUUUUAAAAGAGUACUGUAUUUAUAUGUUGACCAUCACGGUCACACCUGUGUUCGGAUGUCUUUUUGGGGUGUUUUCAUCAUGUAGAGGGGAGCAAAAAAAAAAGAUUGUGGAUCCUGAUUGUUAAUAAUCUAGCUAUAAUCUCAUUUUACUUCCUCUGUGUGUGUGUGUGUGAAUAAUGGUGAAUCACUGACUAACACUACCAUCUCCUCUCUUUAAUUUACGUCUCACGUCUUCCCUGUCACUCAAUCACAAUCGUUUAUCCGUGUGCCUCAUCAGAUUACACUCAGAGCGGCUAAUAGUUUAGAGUUUUGUCAGGUUUUUUUGGAUCGAUGUCCUUUUCUGUAUUUUCAUGUUGCCAUGGUGACUGCCAACAUUCUAAAAGUCAGUUACUAUGGAGUUGUGUUACCUAGCAACAAUCAGAGUAAAUUCCAAAUUUUUUUACCCAACAACAGCUGACUCGUUUACCUUUGAGUCAACAAAGAAUCCAAUUAGAGCUGCAACUAACGAUUAUUUUCACUAUGGAUUAAUCUGUGGAUUAUUUUCUCGAUUAA